AUGCAUCCUCGUGCGCUCUUUUGGGCUACCUUCGCACUCACGGCACAUGCCGCAAACAUCAUACUCUCCAACGAUGAUGGCUGGGCCGAGAAGAAUAUUCGUGUCUUAUAUGACACGCUCACAACCGCCGGAGAGAGCGUGGUGAUCUCUGCACCUGCCGAAGAUGAGUCAGGCUCAGGCUCAGACAACGCGCCGCCGACGGAAGUGACGGAUGGCUGCGAGUUCGACAGCUGUCCUCCUGGAAGUCCUGCUGUCGGCUCCAACAGCUCGAUGCCUCGGUUCAACUACGUAAACUCAUAUCCGGCCACGGCAAUGCUCUAUGGCAUCCAAAACUCUUCGCUAGAGUUCUUUGGUGGACCGCCCGACCUCGCUGUGGCGGGAUUCAACGUAGGAGAUAACACUGGGCUGAGUGUUCUGAUCUCUGGCACUGUCGGCGCCGCGACUGAAGCCUCCCUCGAGGGCAUUCCUGCUAUAGCAUUCAGUGGCUCUACAGGAAGCCAAGUCGCAUGGACGACGGCCACCCAGACGUACCAGUCCGUUUAUGCCGCGCUGUCCACCAACGUCACGCAGACCCUCAUCGCUUCCGGAAAGCCCUACCUCCCAGACGACAUUUGGCUCAACGUGAACUAUCCCUCUUCCAACGCCCUUCAGUGCUCCUCUGCAGAGGAUAUCAGCUUCGUCUUAUCGCGAAUCAACGCCGCGACGCUGCUCGCACCUGCUGACGUCGAGACAUGCGGGUCGCGCCGGCUGCCAGUGGAGACCUUGGUCGUCGAUUUUCCCGGUUGCUAUGCGAGCAUCAGUGUUGGGAACGCCACGGACAAGAGUGACGCGAGUGCGGCCGACCAGGCUGUUGUUUUGGAGAAGUUGCAGUCCAUCCUUUCAUGUCUGCCGUAA